CGACGCGCCGCCCUCGAGCCGAGGCGGCGGCUGCGCAGGCGCCGGCGGCAGUUUGGGAAGCGCCGGAAACUUCGUGCUAAAGUUCCGAGCAGCGCCUGGCUCCGCAGCCCGAGCCCAGCCGCUCCCCGCGCGCCAUGUCGGGCUCCUCCAGCGUGGCGGCCAUGAAGAAGGUGGUGCAGCAGCUGCGCCUGGAGGCCAGCGUGAGCCGCGUGAAGGUUUCUCAAGCCGCAGCAGACUUGAAGCAGUUCUGUCUGCAGAAUGCACAACAUGAUCCCCUACUGACAGGAGUGUCUUCAAGUACAAAUCCAUUCAGACCCCAGAAAGUCUGUUCAUUUUUGUAAUUUGGUGAACUAUCUUGGUCUCUUUCAGUGUUCAGACCACUCAGUUUAACAGAUACAGCUCCCAGGAGAACAAGCCCCCUAUUUACUUGUACAAGUUGGAUUCUGCCUCUAGUCCCUGCUGUAUAACAUCCUACCUGGGAGAAUUUACAGUAUAUAAACUUCUGAAAGCAAUGGCAAUGAAAGCCACCCUUUGUCCCAUGAGCUACCUGUGAAGGUAAACUAAUUUAUACCGACUUAUUUAUAGUGUCAUAGAUUUAUGUGGGAGUACUUUCAUCAAACAUGCAUACAGAUUUUCAUUUUUUUUGUCUUUCAGAUCUUUUAACACCUUUU